AUGCGCCAGUUCUGGCAAGAACACUCAAAGGCGUCCUCCCUGGAAGAUAUGAUGUUGGACUCAAACGCUCAACAACUCACGCAAGAGGAUGUGGCAGAGAUCCUCGCCCUUUUGCCCUGUGUGGAAGGACUAGACGUGUUGGAGCUGGGAGCUGGGAUCGGCCGGUUCACCGGGCCUCUUGCAGAUGUGGCACAUCACGUCACAGCUGUGGAUUUCAUGGAGAGCUUUGUCACACAUAACCAGAAGGAGAAUGGGCACCGACCCAAUGUGGCAUUUCUUCAGGCCGAUGUAACCAGCUUGGAGCUGCCGAGCCAGAGCUUUGACCUCAUCUUCUCCAACUGGCUUUUCAUGUAUCUCUCGGAUGCUGAGCUGAGCAAUUUGGCCCAGAAGAUGCUGAGCUGGCUUCGUCCUGGGGGACACCUUUUCUUCCGGGAGUCCUGCUUCCACCAGUCAGGAGACAGCCCAAGGGCAUUCAAUCCAACCUUCUACCGAUCACCUAAAGAGUACAAUGGCCUCCUCACUUCUGCCCAGAAGACCUUUGGAGACAAACUCUACGGCUUUGAGAUAGUUUUGUCGCGAUCUGUGCAAACUUACAUAAAGAGGAAGCGAAACAGGAAUCAGGUUUGCUGGCUUCUCCAAAAAGUCCUGAGAAACAGCAUGUCUGCACGCGGAUAUGACACCUUCCAGCAGUUCCUAGACAGUGAGCAGUACGCCCUCCGCAGCAUCCGGCGCUAUGAAUGGGUUUUUGGACCUGGUUUUGUCAGCACGGGAGGAAUCAAUACCACUAAGGAGCUGUUGUCCAUGCUGGCAUUGAAACCUGGUCAGAAAGUGUUGGACGUUGGCUGUGGGCUCGGUGGAAGUGAUUUCUACAUGGCAAAGGAGUUUGGCGUAGAGGUCUUGGGUCUGGAUCUUUCACACAACAUGGUGGAGCUGGCGUUGGAGAGAGCCCAACAGGAGACCAGAUCCCUGGUGCAAUUCGAAGUUGGUGAUGCUACUCGAAGGGUGUUUCCAGAGGGUUCCUUUGAUGUUGUUUACAGCCGAGACACUAUCUUACACAUGGCAGACAAAAGCGCCCUCUUUCAGAGGUUCUUGUUGUGGUUGAAACCAGGUGGGCAGCUCCUCAUCUCUGAUUAUUGCUGUGGGCCACGUCCGUGGUCAGAAGUCUUCACCAAGUAUGUCAAGCAGAGGGGAUACAGCCUGUUCAUGCCUCAGGAAUACAGCCAGGUACUACAGAAAGUUGGAUUCAGAAGUGUCCAGGCCUUGGACCACACAGAGCGGAUGCUGUCAGCACUAACCCGAGAGCUACAAGAACUGGAGAGAAGUCGAGAGAGUUUCAUUCAGGAGUUCUCCAAGGAUGAAUUUGAGGCCAUGGCUUCUGGAUGGAGAGAGAAGCUUGAGCGCUGUGCAGAUGGGGACCAACGUUGGGGGGUUUUCUAUGCGCUGAAGCCAUUGUAG